UCGAAAUGGUUAUUCCUUGUUUGAUGAUCAGGGGUGAUUGCGAAAAAGUUAUGGAAACCCUUAAGGACUUGGCAGUGCAGGAAAACGGAAGGACAAAUGUGAACACUGUGAUUUUGCAAAUGCAUCACGAGAAAAUCGAAUUUUCGGUGUUUGGAAUUUUCCUCCUAGAUGGGACUUUAGUGUGUUCCAUUGCUGGUGCUUUGGUUACAUAUUUGGUGAUGUUUCUACAGUUCGACAACAUUUAA